UUAUGUAUUUUUGUUGUUCCAGGUUCUGUUUAUUAUAUGAGGAAUUUAAAAUGGACUGUAAAAAAUCCACAGAACCCAAUGUGUACGAAACCGACCCAAAGUCAGACCCAGACAACAUUCAACAAGUAUAUGCCAUAGGGUAUAUGCCUCCCGAUCCGAUAAAACCAAGUGAAACCUGGUUUACACCAAGAAGAAAAAAAAUUCUUUGCAUUGUCUCCAGUGUUUGCGUGCUCCUAGCAGCAGCCAUCAUUAUCGCCGUGCUGUGUUCAGUUUAUGCCCAAAAUAGGACUAUAGGAUCGAACUGUAAAAAACCAUGUGGAGCCAACGGAACCUCUGUCCUUUGUUCCCAGUGGUGCGAUGGGAAAUCUGAUUGUCCCAAUGGAGAAGAUGAGGAAUCCUGUGUGGAGACAAAAGCUUGUCAGAUGACAUGUGGAACCACUGGUAUCUGUGUCCUUUAUACCCAGUGGUGCGAUGGCAUUUCCCAGUGUCCUAGUGGGGAAGAUGAACAAACCUGUGUUCGACUGUACGGACCCAGCUUCCAACUACAGGCCUAUUCUCCUGCAAAAGCAACAUGGCUGCCGGUCUGCUAUGACAGUUGGAGUGACAACAGUGGGAAGACUGCCUGCCAGGACAUUGGAUACAGCAUGAGCACCUAUUUGGGGAGCAGUCAGAUUUUGGCCUCCUCAAGUAAUGGAUAUGUCAAACUCAAAUCCAGUACCGUGACCGGCAAGUUGUACAAAAAUCUUCAAUACAGUGCUACCUGUACCACCGGGACUAUGGUUUCAUUGCGCUGUAUAAAUUGUGGUUUGUCUACAAAGGUGGAUAACAGAAUAGUAGGAGGCACAUUUGCUUUAGCAGGAGACUGGCCAUGGCAAAUAAGUCUUAUGAAGCUAGUUGGUACUAGCCUUUAUCUAUGCGGUGGAUCCAUCAUCACACCAUACUGGAUAGUGACUGCAGCUCACUGUGUCUAUGGAUAUACCUCUUCUCCAUCCAUAUUUAAAGUAUUUGCUGGAUCACUGACCCUUUCCAACUAUUAUUCUGCUGGCUAUUUGGUGGACAGAGUACUUAUACACCCCAGCUACUCGCCAAACACACAAAACUACGACAUUGCUCUCUUGAAGCUUAAAACAGCGCUGGUAUUUAGUACCAAUCUCAGACCUGUAUGCUUACCCAAUGUCGGGAUGCCCUGGGCAGAUGGACAACCAUGUUGGAUAUCCGGAUGGGGAACUACAUCAGAGGCAGGCAGUAUUUCCACUUCUCUAAAGGCAGCUUCAGUGCCUAUUAUCUCCUCCGCUACAUGUAACCUAGCCCCUGUGUAUGGUGGAGUCAUCAGUCCUACUAUGAUAUGUGCUGGGUAUCUUGGUGGAGGAACCGACACUUGCCAGGGUGACAGCGGUGGCCCUCUGGUUACCAAAACCAACUCCUUGUGGUGGCUUGUUGGUGACACAAGCUGGGGAUAUGGAUGUGCCAGGGCCUAUAAACCUGGAGUGUAUGGGAAUAUUACCGUCUUCUUGGAAUGGAUAUACUCACAGAUGCAGACAUACGGCGGAUGAAAUGAACAUUGCGGGCGGAGCAAGAGACCAUGGAAAAAUGACAAUUGUUAUUUGCUUUUCUGCUUUUUAAUCAAAUCAAUCAAAUAAUGACUGUGAUAUAGGAAGCCAUUUUAAGGGGAAAUAUACCUUGUUUACACAUAAGAAGGAAGGGGGCAAUUUUUUAAUAGAAAGUAUGACUACCAAGACUAGGGCCAGCUGCUUUUGAACUACAAAUCCAGUUGUUCAUGGGUGCUGGGCAUUGUACCUUAGCAACAUCUGAAGCUACUGAUGCCAUCUUGUCCAAUGUUUGCCACCUUUCCUUAUUAUACCUCCUAUCUUUUACCCUUAGUACCUUCAAGUGCUAGUAUGAUGGACACUCUAUACCUAAUUCUAACAACUCUUAUAUUUGCAUCACCAGGCAGCUUUCCUUUCCUGUACUUUCCGUAGACAGUGUAAACCAACAGCAUUUUAUUGUGGAAGACCAGUAUAAGA